GUUUUCGGUAAUCCAGAGACGAUUGAGAACCUAUCAGAAGAAGUCUGUGAGAUCCAAGAUUAGAUACUGCAGAGUGAAACCUCCUGAAUUCUAAGUAAAUAGAAUUGAAUGUUAGUUGGAGAGCAAGACAUUAACAUUUGCUUCGUUUCCCACUGUGCGAAUAGAACAAAUCAAUCACGUUACUAGCUAUUAUUGAUAAAAAUAUGUUUCUUGUGACCUUGACCAUUGCAAGGGCCCAAAUUGACGACUUCAUGAUAAAUCAAUGGCGAAUAUCAGCUUGUCAAACGGGCAAAUAAAGGAGGAUGCUAUCAUCGAUUCAUCUCCGCAAACCAUGCAGGAUGAUUUACUGAUGGACAAAAGCAACCCCCAGCAGCUUUCACCAAGGUCAGAGCAAAGCACCGAAGCCGCAGAAACCCCCAAGUCCGAAGAUAGCUCCGUGAGUAUAAACGCCCCGGUUUCUGCCCAGAAUAAAGAGAAGACGCAGAUGGAGUCGCCAAUCUUGCCCGGCUUGAGCUUUCAACCCCAGGAGCCUGGUACCUCCCUGUCCCCUUCGUUCAGUACGUGGUCGACGGGCACCACCAACACGGCGGAUGAUAGCUUUUUCCAGGGCAUCCCGGCCGUCAACGGGACGAUGCUGUUCCAGAAUUUCACUCACGUCAACCCGGUUUUCGGUGGCACUUUCUCGCCCCAGAUCGGCCUGGCUCAGCAGACACAGCACCACCAAGCCCAGCAGCAGCAGCAGCAACAACAACAACAGCAGCAGCGGAGGUCGCCCGUCAGCCCGCAGGCUCCAUUCGCCCAGCGCAGCGCCUACAACCACCAGCCCAUCAUGACCAGCAAGCCGUCCUCGGCUUGGAACAACCAUCAGAACACCACCUGGAGCACGGCCCCCAAUCCCUGGAGCGGGCUGCAAGCCCGGGACCCCCGGCGAGCGGUUGGGGUGCCUUCCCCCCUCAACCCGAUCUCUCCACUCAAGAAACCCUUCUCCAGCAAUGUCAUCGCCCCCCCGAAAUUCCCUCGAACUGCACCUACACUAACCCCCAAAUCGUGGAUGGAUGACAACGCCUUUCGGACAGACAACAGCAACGGCAUGUUGCAAUUUCAGGACCGGAAUCGGCCCUAUGAUGCAUUUAACUUGCACUCUUUGGAGAAUUCUUUAAUGGAUAUUAUGAGGAGUGACCAUGAGCCCCUCAAAGGUAAACACUAUCCUCCCAGUGGCCCACCAAUGACCAUUGCUGAUAUAAUGUGGAGGAAUCACUUUGCAGGACGCUUGGGCCUUAAUUUCCCUCACCCAGGAACAGAUAACCUUGUGGCACUAAAUAAUACAAGGACAUUUGGGCGACGAAGAGGUCGUUCUUCACUAUUUCCUAUUGAAGACGGUUUCCUUGAUGAUGGUCAUGGUGACCAGUCUUUGACAUCAGGUUUAAACUCUCCAACCCGCUGUCAGAAUGGUGAACGAGUGGAACGUUACUCACGCAAAGUCUUUGUGGGUGGCCUACCUCCUGACAUUGAUGAAGAUGAAAUCACAGCUAGUUUUCGUCGCUUCGGACCUCUGGUGGUAGACUGGCCUCACAAAGCUGAAAGCAAAUCAUAUUUUCCACCUAAAGGCUAUGCCUUCCUUCUAUUUCAAGAGGAAAGCUCUGUGCAAGCUUUGAUAGAUGCAUGUAUUGAGGAAGAUGGAAAGCUAUACCUGUGUGUUUCCAGCCCCACUAUCAAGGACAAACCGGUUCAAAUUCGACCGUGGAACCUGAGUGACAGUGAUUUUGUGAUGGAUGGUUCCCAACCUCUGGAUCCCAGGAAGACUAUCUUCGUGGGAGGAGUUCCCAGACCUCUUCGAGCUGUUGAAUUGGCUAUGAUCAUGGAUCGGUUGUAUGGAGGGGUCUGCUACGCGGGCAUUGAUACAGACCCUGAACUGAAGUACCCAAAGGGUGCUGGUAGAGUGGCUUUCUCCAAUCAGCAGAGCUACAUUGCUGCUAUCAGUGCUCGCUUCGUACAGCUCCAGCAUGGAGACAUUGAUAAACGGGUGGAAGUCAAGCCAUAUGUCCUGGAUGAUCAGAUGUGUGAUGAAUGCCAGGGUGCCCGUUGUGGUGGGAAGUUUGCUCCUUUCUUCUGUGCCAAUGUUACCUGUUUGCAGUAUUACUGUGAAUACUGCUGGGCAAGCAUACAUUCACGUGCUGGUAGGGAGUUCCACAAGCCUCUUGUGAAGGAAGGAGGUGAUCGCCCACGUCACGUUCCAUUUCGUUGGAGCUGAAGCGUCUUAUAGUCUACCAAGACAUACUGGAGUGGAGAGCGCUGCCUCAGGGCUGAGAGGGUUCUGGAAAUUGGUGCAUUCUUCCUCAGAUAAUGAAUGUUUGUUUUGUGUUUUUUUUUGAAGUCACAUUACUGAACUCAUCCAAGAUUGUCUGGUAUAUAAAAUUUCAGAAUAAUUGUACUGAAUCUGCACUUUGACUCUCAAACAUCUGCUUGGUACCUUUUUUUGUUGUGUUUAAUAUUGGACUUUGCAUUGUAAUUUAGGAGUCAUAGCUGAUUUAUCAUCAGCUCAUGUAACUGUUUCCCAUGACAGGAGCAUGCACUUAUUUUCAGAAACUAAGACUUGCCCCUAGAAGACUUACCAAAGGUAACACACUGUAGGUGGCAUAUGUAGCAAAACAUUUUUCUCAGAUAUUCAGCAAUUCUACAUUUUUGGAUCAUUUAAGAUACCAUUACCCUAAAAGUAAGCCUUUUUUGCUCUCCAUUUUGACUUGCGAGAAUAAUACCUCAUAAGCUCAAUUUGAUUUUGCUGGGGUUUUUUUGGUUAGGUCUUUCUUAGUGUUAUGUAAAUGUAUGCUGCAAUAGCUUUUGCUGCUAAAUAAAUGGUAUUGCAGAUAUCAUAGUACUUUAUCAGGCUAGGGUUAUAAAUAAAUGUGGAGCAUAAUGCUGCUGGGAAAUAAAAUGCAGUAUAGCAUGGAGAUAGCUCCAGAGGAAGGUCAGUAGAUUUGACUGCAUGUUUACUUAACCAGGUUGCUGCAUGCAAUAAAUUUGUGUAUCAUGUCUCUUAUAUCUGCUGACAACCUGCCCACCAAUGCACAAAAAAAACUAUGUAGGCUACAGAAAAAAAAUUUUCAGUAUGAGAGAAUUGGCUAAUGACUGGAGGAAGGCAUGCCUCUAAUGUAAAUGCUUAUGGAGUUUGAAUCUGUGUCCAUUAAAGCAUUACAAAUAUCACAAAUACAUAUAGAUGUAGGAUAUUUUGAAGUUAUGUUGAUGGUAGGUGAAGUACUCUGCGGUGAUCACUUAUUGUGCAAUUUUUAUAUAGUUAAGGUGAUUAUGUAUAGUACUGUGAUAAAAGUAACCGUUGUAAUGUCUGACAUAGAAGUAAGUGAUGCUUCAUAACCAGUGUAUUAACAAAGUGAGCUCAGUUUAAAAAGAAUUCUGCUGCUUGCACCAUUUACAUAGCUUCAGACCUUGUCCAGAAAACCAAAGAGCUCAUACACUACCAAUAUAUUUGUCGGAUUGACAAGUAGGCACAUUAGGAAAGGAAACUAAUGCUAAAGAACUGUCUGCACAAAGUCAAAAUGGAGAUGUCUGCUUUCUGGUUCAGAAUAAACUCCCCAAAUCCCUGGUUAUAUCCUGCAAAGCUUGAAUUCUAAUAAGAUCUGCUAAUUAGUGGAUAUUUUUUAGCAUGUACAGUGGGGCUGCAGAUUUCAACCAAACACAGGCUAAGUGUACCGACAGUGGGGGGUUUGUACACAGUGACCUUCAGCAGCUCUGGGGACAAUCUGACUGGAUAUGACACCGCAUAGUAGAUUUGAUACUAAUUGUUGAGUCAUUUGUGUGUUGUGAUGUCCUGUUUGUGUCCAGUAAGUCUUUAUUUUCUUUUUUUAGUUUAUUUUUCAGUGUUUAGUUGCAAAUAUUGGCAUUGAAAUGGAAUUUUUUUUGAAAAAGAAGAAGAAAUUACUUUUUUACUGGUAAAUCGCUUAUUAUCCCUUUGGAGGUUAACUUCUGGGCUUUUUGUGAUAUUGCUUUCUUGCCCAGGCAUGUUUUUCUAUGUUUUUUCAUUAUCUGUAUAAGACAUUUGUUAUGCACUACUUUUUGUAUCUGGACAGUUUUCAACAGUCAGCUGAUUUUUUAAGGCGUGCUUUCUGACUGACAUGAUCUUUUGCAAUACCUCAAUUUUGAAAUAUAGGAAAGAAAUUGAUAUUUUCUAAGUAAGUUUAUUCUAAAAAUAUAUAUUAAUUUAAUUCUGCAAGGAAAUGAUUUAACAGAUGGGUAAUUUUAUUUUUUUCAUGCUUAUUUGCUUUUUUGGAAACUGAAGGAGCUAGAGCUUUAUAACUUUAAUAUGGAGAAUUGUAGUUAGCUACAGUACAAGACUUUAAAAAGAAUCUACCUAAAUGUGGAAAAGUGAACAUUUAUAAACCGUUUUCCCCUUAUAUAGUUUAAUGUAUGAAUUUAAAAGCUGGAAUGUAAAGAAAUAGUUAUUAAAAGAAACGGCUUGGGAUAGACACAUCUCCAUUGGUGCUGGAAGCUGUUAGAAAGUGAAACUAAAAUAUUUUUCACUUAAUUUGUGUAUUUAUCAUUAAUCCUUUAAGGCCGACUGACCAGAAUUGUGAAAGAAUUCUUCUGUUCAUGUUAUUUUUGUAUGAAUAUCCUUUUUAUGUUAAGUUAUAACAUGCCCCAAUUUGUUUACUUAUUAAUGAGCAUAAAUGAGGUCCUUCAGAUUGAGAAUGUUAUUUCUAAGGUGUUCAAAUUGUAACUUGACUAAGAGCCCCUUGGUGCAUCAGGUCCAUAUGUGGCCUUCUCUUGAUGUUGGAGACUUGAAUUAGUCAAUUUUGAAGGCUAACUUAACCUCAACUCUUUGUUGUAAUGUGCAAUACUGUUUGUACUGUUUGUAAAAAAAAAUCAAAAGCAUAAAUCUUUAUUGAAGAUUUAUUUUCAUUGCAAACUUUAGACAUCGUGAUUCACUAAAUCAUUUUUCUACUGUCAAAUGUGUACCUUUCUUCAUGCUAGUAUUUUUUCAAUAGCAAUGUAGCCUUUGUACUGAUACAAAUAUUCAUUGUUAUUUUUAGAGAUUUUUGCUAAAACCAGAGGAUUUAAACAUAUUUACAUAUUUUUCAUUUUUUAGUUAUUUUUCUUUACAGACUGCUUUUCUGACCAUAGUCAUUUCUGGGAGAGACUUUCAUAUCUGGUCAAUGUCCAAUAUUAUUUUGUAUUUUUACUUGGAAUAAAUUAAUUUUAUGAUGCUAAUUCUUUAAAGUUUAUUUUCAGUUUUGUUAUUUUUGGAGCUGAAACAUUUGUAAUAUUGUUACUAAAGUGUCUAGUUUUGAAAUGCAAAGCUUCAUGUAUUAACUUGCUGAAGUGGUUUACAGUAGUGUGGUAAUGACACGGCUGACAAUGUAGAGUGAUUGAUGUAAUUGAAUGAAUGGGAAAUAAAAUGAUCAGAAUGGAGCAGACAAAAAAUGU